AUGAGACCUAUCCAGAGUUACCUACAUAAUGCCACCAGCCUCAUCAGCGUCAAGCCCCCUCUCGACACAGAGUUCACAUACAAGUCAUCUAUACCAGACCUCGACGAGACAUUGUUGAUUAUCGCCAGUCUGACCUGCAUUGCUAUGUAUCACUGUGAUAUAACUUGGAUCACCCCCGAACGACCCUCGGAAAACCAGCAAAAACUUGAACACGGACCACAAUUCCUGCAUCAACAGCGACAAUCACGAGAACAAGAGGCCGUCUCCGCAGACACGAGAACGCAUAGCCACCGGCCUGCGCAGCAUCAGCAACAGCAUAAACAACGCAAUCAUCAGCUCAGCUUCGUGAACUUCCUAGUCUCCAAAAGCCGCGGGCAAGAGCUGAAAGAGACCCGGUUACCGUUUGCCAGAGACUUUCUGGCAUCACAUCAUCGGGACGGCAACAACAUUGCUAGCGAACACACGAGCGGCCAGCUGAGGUCGAUUUCGCUUCCAGAGGUUCUCGCACCUAAUCAGCAAAGUCUGUUAUCGUCUCUCCCGACCGCAUCGUCGGUAUCACAAUCUUCCCAAGUCGGCACUAGCAGCGCCACGCCGACACGACCCUGCGUAUCAUCAUCACGUCGCCCCUUUGGGUAG